AUGGUGUACUACUUCUCUUCGAACACCGUUACGCCCUCAGCCUUCAUCUACGUCGGCAAAGACAAGGUUGAAAACGAAGAGCUGAUCCAGCAUGGCUGGGAGGAGGAUGUUUGGUUUCACGUCGACAACCUUUCUUCGGCCCAUAUCUAUGUUCGACUUCCAGAUGGCGAGACUUGGGACAAGAUCAGCGAGCCGUUGUUGAUCGACUGUGCACAAUUGACCAAAGCGAACAGUAUCGAAGGUAACAAGAAAGAUAAUAUCACGGUCAUCUAUACACCGUGGUCGAACCUGAAGAAAGAUGGGAGCAUGGCUGUGGGCCAGGUCGGAUUCAAGGACAACAAGAAGGUUAAGCGUAUACAUGUUGUAGCGCGUGAGAACCCCAUUGUCAACCGACUCAACAAAACCAAGGUUGAGAAGUUCCCUGACCUGCGGGAAGAGAAGGAAGCUCGAUUACGUGAGCUGAGGAAGAAGGAUCAAGGUGCUCGAGACGCAAGACGCAAGGAGGAAGCACGCGUUGCAAAGGAGCGCAAGGAGCUUGCCUGGCAGCGAGAUCACGCCUACGACAACAUGAUGACUGAGGACAACAUUGCCAUGUCCAGCAACCAGGAUCGGGACGAAGACUUCCUGGACGACUUCAUGUAG